AUGCAUCACAAGAUUGAGCCGAUAUAUCUCUACGGCUUUGACUUCAACAUUCAGAAGCGGCAGCGAUUCAACCAGCAAUGGGUGUGUGCGUUCCAUACUGCCUGGUACACCAACGAACGCCAUCCGUCAUCGGAUGCGAAUGACGACCCCAGCAGGCGACGCGAGAUCCGGUAUGGCAACACUAUCUACGUUCUUUUCCGGGCUCUUUUCCACCUCAGGAAAUACUAUGGCCCGGAUCCCUUUUGGAGCGCCGUGAGCAGAGGUUUCAAUACCAGCCCGACGAUGGUGCGCGCGACUGUGGACAUCCUCACUGAAGCCCGCCGGUCGCACCGUGACAAACCCUCGAAUGAUGUUUCCGACACGGCGCGCGCUGCCGAUGAGUGGAUCGACUUUCUCGAUAAUGAGGCCCGCUCGCGCUCGCAGAGUCUGGACCCAGCUAUUCACAAGGAAGCCGAGCGUUUUUUCAAGAGCCAGGAAAAGCUGCACCUCAACGCCUCCAGGGUACCCGCUGUAGGCAGGUACCUGCCUCCGGAAGAGCACAACGCUCCCGACCGGUCUGAGGAUCUACGAAAUGGGUCUCGCAGCGGCCCAUCUGGGCGCAAGCGGUCCGCGUCUCCUCCGGCCGGUCCGGCUCCCAAAGCCAGGCGCUUCGAAGGUGAUAGCUGGAGGAUGGCCUGGCCUGAGCCGGAUAGGCACGGCGCUCUAGAUGAGUUGCCUACUAUCCAGUCGACUAGAAGUCCUCCGCGGCGAAGUGAGGCUGCUCAGCCAGGCCAACCGCAAGCGGCUCAAGUUCAACCACCCAAAUCAAAUUCAGCGGCUGGACCUACACGAUCGUCAACGUUGACCAACCCGGCUCCUGCAUCAUCGUUCCUUCCCACCCCGAAGCGGGAGGAACUGUCGGAGACUCCAGGGCUUUCGGCACCAAAGGCGCCAAUUGCUUUUAAGCUGGGUUCGUCGUCAAAUGGGGCGGCGGGCACGAAUCCGCCAACGUCGCCCUCGGGACCAAAGCAGCCUGUACCUGCACCUAUACAUCCAGCCCGGGCGCAGAUGAUAUCGGAUAAGAAUGAUGUGAAAUCUCUACAAGCCCAGAUUGAAAGCCUGCAAAAGCAACUCGUGGAAGCGAAGAGGGCAAAGCCAACUACUCCGGCUGCGCCAACUCCACCGAGCGCAACCAGCGAGCAGAUGACAAAAUUAACCCAAGAAAUGGCGUCGGCAACCAAUGCUGUUAGUACCAUCAUGGAAUCCAUGCACGCCGUCGUCGACAGGCUCGACUCUUUGCACGACGUCGUCACCUUGCUCACCACGGAGCAGAAAGAGUUGAAGAGCACUAUCCCUCAGAUUGCCAGCACGGCUGGCGACGGAGAUCGCCCCGAUAUUAACAGCAGCAACGCAAACCUCGACGCGAUCCUUGGCCCGAUCCAAGUCAUCGCCACAGCCGUUACCAUACUGCAAACCCAGGUCGCGGAUCUCCAAUCCAACAACCCCCAAAACCCUCCCACAACCCUUUCCCAUAGCCCAACCGACACCACCGCCCUCGAAACCCUCCUCGAAUCCCAAACCACCCGCAUUGACACCCUCACUCAGCACAUCACUACCCUCCAGCGCCAGCACCUACAACUCCACCAAGCCCAGCAACAACAAGCCCGGCUGUCCUCCCCCAACAGCCCCCAUCCACAGCCCCAAACCCUACCCCAGGUCGCGGCCGCGGCGGAGCGGGAUCUCAAAUAUCACUUGGGCGCGAUGGAGCGGUUGUACCACAGGCCUGGAACCAGCAAGGCCGUGAAGGAGGAGACGGAAAAUUUGAUGGCGACGCUCACUGAGGGUGCGAUGGCAGCGCAUAAAUUCGGGAAGGGUUUGUGA